AUGUGCUUUUUAAGACGGCCGGGAGCGCCUGCGAGCUGGAUCUGGUGGAGGAUGCUGCGGCAGGUGCUUCGCAGAGGGCUCCAGUCAUUCUGCCACAGGCUGGGCUUAUGCGUGAGCCGGCACCCGGUCUUUUUCCUCACCGUGCCGGCAGUCCUGACCAUCACCUUCGGCCUCAGCGCGCUCAACCGCUUCCAGACCGAGGGCGACCUGGAGCGCCUGGUUGCUCCCAGCCACAGCCUGGCCAAGAUCGAGCGCAGCCUAGCCAGCAGCCUUUUCCCCCUGGACCAGUCCAAAAGCCAGCUCUAUUCGGACUUACACACCCCUGGGAGGUAUGGCAGGGUGAUCCUCCUCUCCCCACCCGGGGACAAUAUUUUGCUCCAGGCUGAGGGGAUUCUGCAGACCCACCGAGCCGUGAUGGAAAUGAAGGUGAACCACAAGGGCUAUAAUUAUACUUUUUCCCAUCUGUGUGUGUUGAGAAAUCAGGAUAAGAAAUGCGUGCUGGAUGAUAUUAUUUCAGUGCUAGAGGAUCUCAGGCAGGCUGCCGUCUCCAAUAAGACAACAGCCAGGGUGCAAGUAAGGUAUCCCAACACUAAAUUAAAGGAUGGGAGGAACAGUUUUAUUGGACACCAACUGGGCGGGGUAGUGGAAGUGCCAAACAGCAAAGACCAGCGGGUCAAGUCAGCCAGAGCCAUUCAAAUCACCUACUACCUCCAGACCUAUGGUUCUGCCACUCAAGACCUCAUAGGGGAGAAGUGGGAGAAUGAGUUCUGUAAACUUAUGAGGAAGCUCCAGGAUGAGCACCAAGACCUCCAGCUGUACUCUCUGGCAUCUUUUAGCCUCUGGAGAGACUUUCAUAAGACCAGCAUCCUGACCAGAAGCAAGGUCCUGGUGAGCCUUGUGCUGAUUCUGACCACGGCCACCCUCUCCAGCUCCAUGAAGGACUGCUUGCGCAGUAAGCCCUUCCUGGGCCUCCUGGGGGUGCUCACAGUAUGCAUUUCCAUCGCCACUGCAGCCGGGAUCUUCUUCAUCACUGAUGGGAAGUACAACUCCACCCUUCUGGGAAUCCCUUUCUUCGCCAUGGGUCAUGGAACAAAAGGAGUAUUUGAGCUUCUGUCUGGAUGGCGGAGAACCAAAGAGAAUUUACCCUUCAAAGACAGGGUAGCAGACGCCUAUUCUGAUGUGAUGGUCACCUACACCAUGACCAGUUCCCUGUACUUUAUCACAUUUGGUAUGGGUGCCAGCCCCUUCACAAACAUAGAGGCAGUGAAGAUCUUCUGUCAGAAUAUGUGUGUCUCUAUUCUAUUGAACUACUUCUACAUUUUCUCUUUCUUUGGCUCUUGCCUGGUCUUUGCUGGACAACUGGAGCAAAAUCGAUACCACAGCAUCUUUUGCUGUAAAAUCCCUUCUGCCGAAUACCUGGACCGCAAGCCUAUGUGGUUCCAGACAGUAAUGAGUGAUGGGCACCAACAGACAUCCCAUCAUGAGACAAACCCCUACCAGCACCAUUUCAUUCAGCACUUCCUCCGAGAACAUUACAAUGAGUGGAUUACCAAUAUCUAUGUGAAGCCAUUUGUGGUCAUCCUGUAUCUCAUUUACGCCUCGUUCUCCUUCAUGGGGUGCUUGCAGAUCAGUGAUGGAGCCAGCAUCAUCAACCUACUAGCCAGUGACUCCCCGAGUGUUUCCUAUGCCAUGGUUCAACAAAAGUAUUUCAGCAACUAUAGCCCUGUAAUAGGAUUCUACGUCUAUGAACCCCUGGAGUACUGGAACAGCAGUGUCCAAGAGGACCUGCAGAGACUCUGUAGUGGGUUCACUGCAGUGUCCUGGGUAGAACAGUAUUAUCAGUUUCUGAAAACGAGCAACAUCAGUGCCAAUAACAAGACCGACUUCAUCAGUGUCCUACAAAGCUCGUUUUUAAAAAAGCCAGAAUUCCAACACUUUCGGAAUGAUAUCAUUUUCUCCAGAGCUGGGGAUGAAAACAACAUCAUUGCUUCUCGCUUAUAUCUGGUGGCCAGGACUAGCAGGGACAAGCAGAAGGAAGUCAUAGAAGUUCUGGACAAGUUGAGGCCUCUGUCUCUCUCAAAGAGCAUCCGGUUCAUCGUCUUUAACCCUUCCUUUGUUUUCACAGACCAUUACAGUUUGUCAGUCACCGUGCCUGUUCUAAUUGCAGGCUUUGGGGUUCUCCUGGUGUUAAUCCUGACUUUCUUCCUAGUGAUCCAUCCUCUGGGAAACUUCUGGAUAAUUCUUAGCGUCACCUCAAUUGAGUUGGGCGUUCUGGGCUUAAUGACGUUGUGGAAUGUCGACAUGGAUUGCAUUUCUAUCUUGUGCCUUAUCUACACCUUAAAUUUUGCCAUUGACCACUGUGCACCACUGCUUUACACAUUUGUAUUAGCAACUGAGCACACCAGAACACAAUGUAUAAAAAGCUCCCUGCAAGAGCAUGGGACAGCCAUUUUGCAAAACAUUACUUCUUUUCUUAUUGGGUUGGUCCCCCUCCUCUUUGUGCCUUCAAACCUGACCUUCACACUGUUCAAAUGCUUGCUGCUGACUGGGGGUUGCACGUUUCUCCACUGUUUCGUUAUCUUACCUGUGUUCCUAACCUUUUUUCCUCCUUCCAAAAAGCACCACAAGAAAAAGAAACGGGCCAAACGAAAGGAGAGAGAGGAAAUUGAAUGCAUAGAAAUCCAAGAGAACCCUGAUCAUGUCACCACAGUCUGA